AUGAUAGGUGUACGAUGGGGCUUAGCUAAAAAGCUCAAGGAAAAAAAUCCCGCAUGGUUAGUACACAUUGUGGCUUCCAAAACGUUGCCACAGAAAUUACUCCAGACUUUGGACUCGGCUACAAAGAUUGUAAACAACAUCAAGAGCAGCGCUUUGAACAGUCGGUUAUAUACUUCACUCUACGAGGAUCUCGAUUCUGAUCCCAAAGUUCUUCUGUUACAUGCAAAAGUACGCUGGCUGUCCAAAGACAACAUGUUGCUUGCCUUUAUGAAUUGA